AUGUCUUCCAACGGUUUCGCUAACGGCCUCUCCAUGCCCACUGGUGGCCUUGCUGCCCGCCGCGGCGGCCAAAACCCCAAACCUCUCUCGGUUGAACUCAUCAACCAGACAAAGGACAAGGACCCUGGUGCUCCCACCCCUCGCACCAGCCGUUCCCAUCUCCUUGCUGGUCUCAGAACGGCCCCCAAGUCCGCUACUGCUGCGUCCUUCGGCCCUCAAUCACCCACGACUGCCGGUCCCACGCAGCAGUAUGCCCGGAACUCCAUGGCUGGAAAUGCCUAUGGCAUGGGCCAGGACAACACCUACAACGCCCCCAAGACGGCCUACCCCCAAUACGCUGCUCAGAACAACUACAACUCAAUGGUAGGCCAACAUUACACCGUUGAACAGGUUUUGGCGCCCCCUGAGCUCCCCAUGGAUGAGCAGAAUCAGGAGGAUCCCGGCCUGUAUGCCCAGCUUCUUGCUACCAACAUGUACCUGGCUCAGCAGCAGCAGCGCCUUCAGCAGCAGCUUAGGAAUGUCCAGGCAGCUGCUCAGCAAUUUCAACAGCUGAACCUGAACAACUCUCAAUUCACACAACAGCAGAUUGCUCUGUAUGAGCAGCAGCAGCAGCUCCAGAACAUGCAGCAACAGCUUAAUGUUCAGGCUGCUCUUACCCAGCAGGCUCAACAGCAACAAGCUCAGCAGCAGGCUCAACAGCAGCAGCAGAUUUACUACAACCCCAUGACUGGCCAGUAUUUCGUUGGAGACCCUCAGCCUUCUGUUCAGGUCACCUCGCCUUACAACGAGCAGCCUUCGACCCCUGGCUUUGGCGGCUUCCACCACCAGCAGAACACACCCUCAGUGCAGGUUUCUCCUCCUGUUGAGUCUCAGCCUUUCUCGUUCCGCAGCAACUCGCCUCCCAAGCGUUACGAGUCCCCCACUGAGGUUGCCCCUCUUCCUCCUCCCUCUGCUAAUGCUUUCCGUCGUGGACAUAAGAAGGCCUCAUCUCUGGCUCCCGUCAACAGUGCUCUGGCUGCUUCUUUGUCUUCUGACGCUCCUAAGUCUGCCGGACCCAAAACUUCUACUUUCCCUAUCACCCCCCUGACUGGUGGAUACGGACCUGGUCAGGCCCGUGCUGGAGAACAUCCUAUCCGUCAGCCCCGUGGACCUCCUUCUCUGGACGAGCUUAAGGCUAAGCCCACCGCUAAGCACGAGGGAAGCAAAAACUUCUCUGCUCGCACUCGUCGUUCUGCUGUGCACAACCUUGUUCGUGCCGGCCUUGAGCGUCGCAAGGGAACUGGUAGUUCUUGCGGCAGCAUGAGCCCCGUUUCCGAGACUGCCGAGGAGUCUUCGACACCUAUUACCGAUAACGAGUCCGAUUCCGGCCGCAGUGGAUCCGGUAGCCUGGCUGGUGAUAUGGAGUGCCCUAGCUCGCGCACUUCUGCUAGUGGAAGCUGGGGAGCUAUUGGCUCUGAUCGUCCCAGCUCACGACAGAAGGCUCGCAAGAGUGUGGACAGCGUGGAGAGUGUUGCCUCAAACACGGAGAGUGAGAACAGCUCUUUUGCCAAUGUGUUUAAGAACGGCGCUCUGCGAGCCGCCAAGGCACAAGACUCGGCUGAUAGCCAGCGCAAGGCACCUAGACUGGUGCUCACCAAGAGCACUCCCGCUGCUUAA